AUGGACCACACCAUCGCGUCCACCUCUUCAGCUAGUGUCAUGCCUGAGGCUACCACCAAGCCCGGUCUCACAUCUGGAGCUCAGGAAGUUCGCAGCUUCGACGGUAUUGACGAUGAUGCCGACCUCGACUACCACGGUCACCUUCGCAACACUCAGAACGAUGAUGGCUUCACCCGUAACGAUGCACGAGAGAUGAAGCGUAUGGGCAAGAAGCAAGAGUUGAAAAGAAACUUCAGAACUCUCUCGACUAUCGCCUUCACCAUCAUCCUUCAAGGAACUUGGGAGGUCCUCUUGACUGCAACAACCCAAGGAAUGACCAACGGCGGUCUUGCAGGCUUAGUGUGGUCCUAUAUCUGGACCUUUUUCGGUUUCAUCUUUGUCGUCCUCUCGCUGGCCGAGAUGGCUUCUAUGUGCCCAACUGCCGGUGGCCAAUACCACUGGAUCUCCGAAUUCGCUCCUCCCUCACAACAGAAGAUCCUGAGUUUCCUCGGAGGCUGGAUGUCUACCCUCUCUUGGCAAGCUGGUACAGCCUCUGGACCGUAUCUGGUCGGAACCCUCAUUCAGUCAUUGAUCUAUGAGAACGACCCCAACUACGUCUUCAGAAACUGGCAAGGUACUCUGUUCGUCAUUGCCAUCGCUCUGGUGGUUUGGGCUACCAACGUCUGGGGAACCAAAGCAAUGCCUGUUUUCCAGAACCUUAUGAUGAUUGUCCACGUCUUUGGCUUCCUGGUCAUCAUCGUGAUGAUUUGGGUCCUUGCUCCUAGAAACACCGCAGCAGAAGUCUUCGGCACUUUCACCAACUCUGGUGGCUGGAGCUCCAUGGGUCUUUCCCUGAUGGUUGGUCAGGUUUCAGCCGUGUAUGCCUGUAUUUGUUCCGAUGCAGCUGCUCACGUUUCCGAAGCCAUGAUCUGGUCUUACUUCUUGAACGGUGCUCUGGGUCUCGUUUUCCUCAUCACCUACAUGUUCAGUGUUGUCGAUCUCGCCGGUGCCGUCGAUGAUGGCAGCAACGGCUCUGGCUACCCGUACAUGUUCGUCUUCACCAAAGCCUUCAGCAUGCCCGCUUUCAACACUCUUUCGGCUAUUGUCAUCAUCUUGAUCUACGCUGGAACACUGUCCUACAACUUGUCGACCUCUCGUCAGACCUGGUCCUUUGCUCGUGAUCAAGGCCUUCCCUUCAGCAACUGGAUUGCUAAGGUCGACCCUAAGCUCGAGGUUCCAGUCAACUCCGUCACUGCUACUACUGCAUUCACCAUCAUUCUCUCGCUCAUCAACAUUGGUUCUGACGCUGCCUUCAAUGCCAUCGUCUCGCUCAACCUGACCUCUCUCAUGAUUACCUACGUCGUCAGUAUUGGCUGUGUCCUCUACCGCCGCUUGAAGCACCCAGAGACUUUGCCCAACUGCAGAUGGUCCCUGGGCCGCUGGGGAGUCCCCAUCAACACUUUUGCUGUGUUGUACUCCUCCUUUGUCUUCUUCUGGAUGUUCUGGCCUCAGUCAACUUCCAAUUCUGCUGCUGAUUUCAACUGGUCGGUGCUCAUGUUCAUGGUCGUCUUGAUUGUUUCUGUCAUCGACUGGGUCUUCAGAGGAAGAAAGGUCUACUCUGGUCCCGUUGUCCUCACUGAGGGAUACAAGGGCGAGUAA